AUGGCUGUUUUCAUCGCCCCAGAGCAGCGUCUUUCGCCCCCUCCCAUCCCUCCCGUCUUCAGCAAAGCCCCAACCUCCCCCUCCCACCCCCAGUCCCCAGGAGCCCCGCACCGCGGGCCGCCCGCCGAGCCUCCGCCGAGGCGAGAGAGGGUCAGUCGACGGGGAAGAAGCACUUUGCGAAGGAACUAUGCCGCCGCUCUCCGGAAGGCGAGCGUAGACGGAGCGCGGCCCGGCGCGCACGGGGUUAAAACGCGCCGCGGCGCGGAGAGGGGAGCCGGCGCGAGCCCGCGAGGUCCCCGCCCCUCGCCCGUCCCCGCGCCACGCGCGCCACGCGCCCCACGCCGCGGGCUGACGCCGGACCCGCCGCAGGAAGCGGAAGGCGGGCGGCCGAGCGGCCGGGCACUGCCCCGCGCCGCGAGCUGGGUGUGCACGCGCAGCCCGCCGGAGCCCAGCCCGGUGCCCAGCCCGCCACUGCGCCGCCGGCUCCCCGCUCCGCGCUCCGGCUCCCCAGAGCCAGUCCGCGCCGGCGAGCAGCAGGAUGUUCGCGGCGCCGCGCCCCGGGCGCUGAGACCGAGCCCGCGAGACCGUGGCAUUCCUUUCUUUUAG